AUGGGAGAAACCAUCGAAAUCUGUCUGGAUCGAAUUGACUUGGCGUUUGAACGUCAAGGAUGCUCGACACAGAUUUCAAAUAUCAUCGAAAACAUGCGCACGCGGAUCGAAAUUUUCGAAGACCAGCUGAUAGCUGACAUUGCAGCGCUGGUCAUCGCAUGCGCUGAGCAAGAUAUAUUAUGUCGGGGCGAAAUGGCAUCUGGGCAUCCGAGGACGCGAAAGGUGCGGCAACAGCCGGUUCUUCUGGUCCAGCCACUGGUUCUGCGGAUCCGCCUGUUGGUUCGUCAAAGUUUUGAAAAACCUUCGUCUAAGUGUUAUGAGAAGGCUCAAAAGACCGACAAAUUAAUCCUGAAGACUGCCAUGCGAAUUGAAAAGCGCAAGGAGGAGGCUCUCGUCAAGAAGGAGAUGGCUGCAAGGGAGAGGGCGAAGAAGGAGGAUAAGAUGAAGGACGAGUAG